AACUGAGGAGACACUAUGGCAGCAGCCAAAAGGGUAGUAGUGUACCGAAAUGGGGACCCCUUCUUCCCAGGCCGCCAGCUGGUGGUAACCCAACGCCGUUUCCCCACCAUGGAAGCCUUCCUUUAUGAGGUGACAUCAGCUGUGCAGGCCCCACUGGCUGUACGUGCCCUCUACACACCUGGUGAUGGCCACCAUGUCACUGACCUGGCAGACCUGCAGAAUGGAGGGCAGUAUGUGGCUGCUGGCUUUGAACGAUUUCACAAGCUCCACUAUUUACUCCCUAGAGGGAAGGAUCCAGGUGGGAAGAGCAGCAGACUACAAGACUCUUCCAUGACUCACCAGCAGCGUGAUGGGGCCCUUGGACAGUGGCUGCCUGCAGGUGCCCCCUGCUAUAUCCAUGUGUUCAGGAAUGGGGACCUGCUAAGUCCCCCAUUCAGUCUGAAACUGUCCCAAGCUGCUAUUCGGGACUGGGAAACUGUGUUGAAGCUCCUGACUGAGAAAGUCAAGUUAAAGACUGGGGCUGUGCGCAAACUCUGCACCCUGGAGGGGCUCCCGCUGUCAGCAGGAGAGGCUCUGGUGAGUGGCCAUUACUAUGUGGCUGUUGGAGAGGAUGACUUCAAAGGCCUCCCCUAUCUGGAGCUGCUGGUGCCCAGCCCCUCCCUGCCCAGGGGCUGUUGGUAUGUAUGUGGGAGGUGUAGGGUCACAGGCCGCGGAGAGACCUCUGGUCUGCAUGCCCUGACUCCCUGUCAUCCUCUGCUCACUACAAGCCUUUCCUCCUGUCAUUGUAGGUACCCCCCAGACCAGAAAUACAGACCUCGAAGGCAGGGGGCCCAGGACCGCAUGGCACAGGCAAGCCAGCCCUCUCCAAAGGAGCCAGAACGAAUUGAGCCAUCUGCUUUCUAUGCCAGACCCCAGCAGGGCAUUCAGCCAAGAAGCAAGCCCCCUACUCUAUCAUUUCCAUCAGGAAGUAAGGGAGUGUACAGGGCUCCCCAUCCAAGGAGGGAGAUGGCAGGAGCCCAGGAAGUGGCAUACAGUGAAGACACCUGGACAGAGGAGCCCUUGGAUGAGAGGACGAAACCGAGGCUCCCACAGGAUUGUCUCAUUCCUUUCAGGGGAGGAUCCUAUGAACCAAACCGGAAGUGGCCUGAAAGUCUUUUCCGGUUCCACUCACGUUGCCACUCUUCGAGUGUCAUCGCCGGGAUGAAGCCGAUACUGCUGCAAGGCCAUGAGCGGUCCAUUACGCAGAUUAAGUAUAACCGCGAGGGAGACCUCCUCUUCACCGUGGCCAAAGACCCUAUUGUUAAUGUAUGGUACUCUGUAAAUGGUGAGAGGCUGGGCACAUACAUGGGCCAUACUGGAGCUGUGUGGUGUGUGGAUGCUGACUGGGACACCAAGCAUGUCCUCACUGGCUCAGCUGACAACAGCUGUCGUCUCUGGGACUGUGAAACAGGGAAGCAGCUGGCCCUCCUCAAGACCAAUUCAGCUGUCCGGACCUGCGGUUUUGACUUUGGGGGCAACAUCAUCAUGUUUUCCACGGACAAGCAGAUGGGCUACCAGUGCUUUGUGAGCUUCUUUGACCUGCGGGAUCCGAGCCAGAUUGACAGUAAUGAACCCUACAUGAAGAUCCCUUGCAAUGACUCCAAGAUCACCAGUGCUGUGUGGGGGCCCCUAGGAGAAUGCAUCAUUGCAGGCCACGAGAGUGGAGAGCUCAACCAGUAUAGUGCCAAGUCUGGAGAGGUAUUGGUGAACGUUAAGGAGCACUCCCGGCAGAUCAAUGACAUCCAGUUAUCCAGAGACAUGACCAUGUUUGUCACCGCAUCCAAGGACAACACAGCCAAGCUCUUUGACUCCACAUCCCUGAAACAUCAGAAGACUUUCCGGACAGAACGUCCCGUCAACUCAGCCGCCCUUUCUCCCAACUAUGACCAUGUGGUACUGGGCGGUGGUCAGGAAGCCAUGGAUGUAACCACUACCUCCACCAGGAUUGGCAAGUUUGAGGCCAGGUUCUUUCAUUUGGCCUUUGAAGAAGAGUUUGGAAGAGUCAAGGGCCAUUUUGGACCUAUUAACAGUGUUGCCUUCCAUCCUGAUGGCAAGAGUUACAGCAGCGGUGGUGAAGAUGGUUAUGUCCGUAUCCACUACUUCGACCCACAGUACUUCGAAUUUGAGUUUGAGGCUUAAGAAGCUGAAUCUCCAUCCAGGCCAGGGAGACUGCUUGUGGAAAGUUUUGGACUCUUAGAAAUAAAUUAGUUUGGGCAGUGAGUUUAGCUUAGUGGUUCUGCAGCCUGCCUUGCAAGAGCAAGGACCCAACUUCAAUCCCCGGUACCAAAAAAACAAAAACUAAAUAAAUAAAUUAGUUUGGUAAUAAAUGGUUUUCUGGGAAGACAUUUCA